AUUUACUGGCCAUCCCGAGUGUGCGAGAGCGCAGACGCGCCAGUCUCUGGUACAACCCGGGGUCACGUGACUUCAUGCGGUGAGCGACUGCUGCUGCUGCCGCUGCAGUUUCUUGUCGCGAGCGCUCGGUGCACGGUGUGGAAACUCCGAGCCACAGCGGCAUGAAGCUGCGCGCAGACACCGCACGAGAAUCGCUGCGCCACCCGUGAACGGCAACCCGGCUCCGUAGAGCAGCGGAUUAACAGCGGGAAGGAUUUAGAUCCAGCGCGUUCCUGAGGGAGAAGUUUGCUCACCGUGUCGGUGGAGGUGAACGGGACACCAACUGCGAGCAUGGCGGAAAGAAGUGGACGGUUAAGCUUCCCCGGGAGCGGGGCGCUAAACAGACCGGUGCCUAUGAACCUGUUCGCCACCUGGGAGAUAGACGGCUCCUCUCCUAACUGCAUCCCCAGGCUGUGCAGUCUGACUUUGAAGAAGCUCGUGGUGAUGAAGGAACUUGACAAGGAGCUGAUUUCUGUCGUCAUUGCAGUCAAGAUUCAGGGCUCCAAGCGAAUCCUGCGCUCUCAUGAGAUAGUGCUGCCCCCUGCUGGUGGGGUGGAGACUGAUCUCGCUCUCACUUUCUCACUACAGUACCCUCAUUUUCUGAAGCGCGAGGGAAAUAAGUUGCAAAUCCUGCUUCAGCGGAGGAAGAGGUACAAAAACCGAACAAUUUUGGGUUACAAGACGUUGGCUGCUGGUUCUAUAGACAUGGCAGAGGUGAUGCAGCAUCCUGCAGAAGGUGGGCAGGUCUUGGCUCUUUGCAGUAAUCAGAAGGAGUUUCUGGGUAAAGUUGCUGAGAUUUGGAUCUAUUCCCUGUCCAGUCAGCCUAUAGACCAUGAAGAGGCAGCCAUUCUGGGACAGAAAAUCAAAUUUUCUGAUAAUUACUCAGAAGAAGAGUAUGAAAGCUUCUCAUCGGAGCAGGAGGCCAGUGAUGACGCAGCACAAGGACAGGAUCUUGAGGAUGACGAGUACGAGAUGAGGAAACCAAAAAAGCAGAGGAGGUCAAUAGUCCGGACGGCAUCGAUCACCAGGCAGCAGAACUUUAAGCAGCGCGUGGUGGCAUUGCUCAAACGGUUCAGAGUUUCUGAUGAGGUGUUAGACUCGGAGCAGGACCCAGCCGAGCCGCCUCCAGAAGUAGAAGAAGAUCUGGAUCUGGAGAGUUUAGAGUUUGAGAAUCCGAGUGACAGUGGACCAGAUCUGGACGAUGAUGAAAGUGUUCUCAGCACCCCAAAACCCAAACUCAAGCCAUAUUUCGAAGGAAUUUCUCUAUCCAGCUCUCAGACAGAAAUUGGCAGCAUUCACAGCGUUAGGAGUCACAGAGAGCCACCCAGUCCAAUGGAUCCUGAUAAAAUAAGGGCUGUAGGUGGAAAGUUUCAGAUGGAUAAUGAAUCUGAUAAUGUUUCAAUGGGUCAUCCUGAGGUUGUGACCCCUACCACUGAACUGGAGAUGAUGGACAACAUGGACACUUUUAUGGAGAGAUUGCCUCCUACUGGCCGGAUGACCAAAACAGAGUCACUUAUCAUUCCAUUCAACCGGGUGGAGCCAAAGUUGGCAGGGCGACGGGGGCGGAGCACAUCACUUAAAGAGAGACAGACCAGUCGACCGCCCAAUGAGAGAGCCAACAGUCUGGACAAUGAGCGUUUGCUUGACACACGCUGCCACCUACAGAUUCCACGCAAAACGGUUUAUGAUCAGCUGAACCACAUCCUGGUGUCAGACAGCCAUCUUCCCGACAGCAUCAUCCUCAUUAACACCUCUGACUGGCAGGGCCAGUAUGUAUCUGAGGUGUUACAGAAUCACGGUCUUCCUGUUGUGUGUACGUGCACCACGGCUGACAUACAGGCUGCGUUCAGCACCAUCAUCUCUCGCAUACAGAGAUUUUGUAACAGUAACUCAGUUACACCGUCUCCUGUGCGGAUUGGAGUAGCAGGAGCUCAGCAUUACCUGUCUGUCGUUUUGCGUUUGUUUGUGGAUCACCUGACACAUAAAACCCCCGACUGGCUCGGAUACCUGCGAUUCCUUAUCAUCCCUCUUGGGGUUCAUCCAGUGGCUAAAUAUCUGGCCAGUAUAGAUUACAGAUAUAACAACCUGUUCCAGGACUCAGCAUGGAGAGAUCUUUUCCACAAACCAGAAGCACCAACAUCAGCAGUUCAGGACAGUCCAGAUGUGGUUUCCAGGGUAACACAGUACAUGUUGGGAGCAAACGGAGCUCAUCAGCUGCCCAUAGCAGAGGCCAUGCUUACCUAUAAGCAGAAAAGGAAAAAGAGCUUUCAUUUUGAUUUUGCUGUAAGUCCUGAUGAAGACUCGUGUCAGAAAUUCAUUCCUUUUAUUGGGGUGGUGAAAGUGGGGAUUGUUGAACAAACGUCUGCCACAUCUGGUGAUUCAGAUGACGCUGCUCCUGUAGGAUCGUCUCUUCUCUCGUCUACUCCUCCUGCACAGAUCUCACCAUUACUGAAAGAAGCAUCUCCAACGCCUCCUUCUUCUCCUUCUGUGCACAUGUCCAGUUCUCCUGGAGGAGGUCAGGGGGAGCUGAUGGGUCUUCAGGUUGAUUACUGGAUUGCUCUUUCAGAGAGGAAGAAAGAAGUGGAGAAGAGAGACUCCUCUGCCAAAAACACGCUCAAGUGCACCUUCCGCUCGCUGCAGGUUAGCCGCCUCCCACUGGGCGGAGCAGAGACGACACAUCAGCCAACCAUGUCCAUGAAUGUUGUCACCAAAGAGAAGAAUAAGAAGGUGAUGUUUCUGCCAAAAAAGACCAAGGAUAAGGAGGCGGAGUCUAAGAGUCAGGUGAUAGAGGGCAUAAGUCGACUCAUCUGCACGGCCAAACACCAGCAGACUAUGCUGAAAGUGUUGAUAGAUGGAGUAGAAUGGAACGAUGUGAAGUUUUUCCAGCUUGCAGCUCAGUGGUCAUCUCACGUCAAACACUUCCCGCUUGCCAUCUUCGGACCCUCCAAAGGGCCUUACUGAACUACAGCCUCACAUCUUCACUCCUCUACGCUACGGCUGCCUUUACACUCAGUGCUGCCUGAUGUUUUUAUUUAAAAUAUCUGCUUUCUCACGGUUUGUGUCUGUGUUUUUUUAUUUCAGUGACAUUCGAUUGUUCUUUUAUGAAAGACUUGAUGCAGUCUUGGCAACAGGGCAUAUUUUUUUGGACUACGUAUGUUAAAACCCUCCAGUGUUUAUAGAGAAAUGACUAAUGAACUGAAUCUUUAAAACUGAUCUAAUUCUGUAACUAGUGAGUUUUCGGGUGGUUUUGUGUCAUUCUGCAAAGCUGUAUCCACACACUUCAGCAGCCAGCACACUUGUGGGAGAGCAAACCAGCAAAAAGGGGAGAAAGGAACUGUGCUUUUGUUAUAUUAAAAGGACAAAAUCUGGAUUGGAUUUAGCUUCGGAUGGAUUUUCCAGAUGGCUUGGCUUUAUCCUGAAGACAGCUAAAGCGUUUUCUCCAUCUCUCUCGCUCUAUAACCUCAGCGAGGUCAGAGAGUCUCUCGAAGGUUAAUUGUGUGUUUGUGUUGCAGUCUCCACCUCGUCAUAUGUGAUUUACUUUGUAGGUUUGUGUGUGUGUGUGUGUGUGUGAGAGAAUGUAUUCACUGAAGGUACUGAACGCUAAAGCACUUUUAAAACAUUACUAGAUUGUGUUUUUGUUAUAUAAUGCUUCCUGUGGUGCACAGCGCUGUUCACUCCAGCUAAAAACUGCAGCAAAGCUUUGUGGGAACUUUGGAGACAGACACUGGACUGAGUGUCUGUGUCUACAUUAGAUGGACCAGUGUCAAACCUGUGUGCUGCACUCUUUAAAAUAUUUUUUAAUGUAAAUGUUUCCUAGAAUGAAAUGUACAUUGUGUUUGGUUUGUUGGCUUGUUUGAGGAUGUUUUCUUGUGAGAUGUCCAGUUUCCUCCAGAUGCUGUAAUGGAUUUAGAAUAAUGUGCCUAAAACAUGGAGAAUUUUUAGAGCAGCGAUGUCCAGGUCAUACUUAACCCCAAAAUCAAAAGAAAAUAAGUUAAUAUUUUGUUAUAAGGGAAAUGCAGCAUAUUUUUAGGACAUGU